AUGGAGUUCUUCUAUAUGUCUCUCCUUGGCCUCUUUGUUUCCUCUGUAUUCUUCUCUCUCAAUUUCAUCUUCUACAAGAACAAAUCGAGCUCAUCUGGGACGCUUCCUCCGGGCAAGACUGGAUGGCCUGUGGUCGGUGAAACCCUCGAGUUUCUCACCACUGGGUGGAAGGGCUACCCCGAAAAGUUCAUUUACGAUCGGAUGGCGAAGUACUCAUCCAAAGUUUUCAGGACUCAUCUACUUGGGGAAAAGGCUGCUGUUUUCUGUGGUGCUGCUGGUAAUAAGUUUUUGUUCUCAAAUGAGAAUAAACUUGUCCAAGCAUGGUGGCCUGCAUCUUUUGACAAAGUUUUCCCAUCUUCUAAUCAAACUUCAUCAAAAGAAGAGGCCAUAAAAAUGCGGAAAAUGCUACCGAAUUUCCUCAAACCCGAAGCCUUACAACGAUACAUUGGUAUAAUGGAUCAUAUUGCACAAAGACACUUUGCUGAUGACUGGGAAAACAAGAAUGAAAUUGUUGUUUUCCCUCUUGCAAAGAAAUUCACUUUCUGGCUGGCCUGCCGUUUGUUUGUAAGCGUAGAAGAUCCCAACCAUGUUGCUAAAUUUGCUGAUCCUUUCGACCUUUUAGCAUCUGGACUUAUUUCCCUUCCCAUAGACUUGCCGGGCACGCCAUUUAAUCGUGCCAUCAAGGCCUCAAAUUUCAUCCGAAAAGAGCUUGUUGCCAUAAUCAAACAGCGAAAACUUGAUUUAGCCGAAGGAAAGGCAUCACCAACACAAGAUAUACUGUCACACAUGCUCUUGACUAGUGAUGAAAAUGGAAAAUUCAUGCAUGAAUUGGAUAUUGCUGAUAAGAUUUUAGGCCUGCUUAUUGGAGGCCAUGAUACUGCUAGUUCAGCAUGCACUUUCGUUAUCAAGUUUCUUGCAGAGUUGCCUGAGGUAUAUGAGGGAGUCUACAAGGAACAAAUAGAGAUUGCCAAAGCAAAAUCUCCAGGUGAGUUGCUGAACUGGGAAGACAUAAAGAAAAUGAAAUAUUCAUGGAAUGUGGCAUGUGAAGUGAUGAGACUUGCACCGCCCCUCCAAGGAGCUUUCAGAGAAGCCAUUACUGAUUUCAUAUACAACGGUUUCGAAAUUCCAAAGGGAUGGAAGUUAUACUGGAGUGCAAAUUCGACACACAGGAAUCCCGAGUUCUUCCCCGAGCCACUGAAAUUCGAUCCUUCAAGAUUUGAUGGAUCUGGACCAGCUCCUUACACAUUUGUUCCAUUUGGUGGAGGACCUAGAAUGUGCCCUGGAAAAGAGUAUGCCCGUCUCGAAAUUCUUGUUUUCAUGCACCAUCUUGUGAGAAGGUUCAAGUGGGAGAAAAUAAUUCCAGAUGAGAAGAUUGUUGUUAAUCCAAUGCCCAUUCCUGCCAAGGGUCUUCCUGUUCGCCUCUAUCCUCACACAGCUUAA